AUGGCCCGGCGGCCCGAGGUGCUGUGCGGCGCCGCCGUGGUGCUGGGCUGCGCCUGCCUGCUGGCGCUGCGGGCCUCGUGCAGCCGUGCAAAAGAUGUGACAAGGCCUGCCAAGCUGCCUGUCAGCUUCUUCCCUUCGACAUCACCAGUCCACGAUCUCUUUCUUGGGCAGCUGGACCAAGCGGAGGACAUCCGUCACAGUUCAGAGAUCUCACUGUUGUUUUUUUAUGCCCCAUGGUGUGGCCAGUCAGCCGCCGUGCGGGAAGAGAUCGAGCAAGUGGCAAAGAGCCUGGCAGAUCAGGUGUUGUUUAUAGCCAUCAACUGCUGGUGGAACCAAGGGAAAUGCCGAAAGCAGAAGCAUUUUUUCUACUUUCCUGUGAUAUACGUGUACCAUCAGAGCUUUGGGCCCAUCGAAUACAAAGGGCCAAUGAAUGCUGUUUACAUUGAGAAAUUUGUCCGUCGAGUGAUGACUCCCCUCCUUUACAUCUCAUCUCAGUCCAGACUGCAACGGUUCCUCUCCAGUUACGAGCCCGGCGUCUUGGGCUACUUUGAGUUCAACGCUUCUCCCCAGCCCCCCGGCUACCUGACCUUCUUCGCUUCGGCACUGCACUCCUUAAAGAAAGAUUACCUGGGAACCAUUCACUUUGGGGUGAUCACAGAUAGGCUGCUUGCCAAGGACAUUGCGCUGACCGACUCAGGCACCAUCUACUUGCAUAGACACGUCAACGCAUCCCUUCUCUAUCCCCAUGAAGCCCUGAAUUUCACUGCUGAAAACGUUUGGAAGUGGGCCCUGGAGAACCGGGAGACUUUCCUCCACUGGCUGAGACCCCAUGGGGGGAAGAGCCUCCUGCUGUACAACGAGCUGAAGAAGGGGCCAGCCCUUUUCCUCUUCCUGCCCUUCGACCCCCUGGCUGAGAGCCACCCCCUCCUGGAUGAGAUCUCCCAACUGGCCUUGGAGUACAAGAGCUGCAAGCGAGGCCACCCCCAGUCCCUGCAGGGAGGGGGCCCCUCGGUGGCUGCCGGCCUCCACGUCCCCACAGCUGAAAGCGCCUCCAGCCCCCCUUGCUGCAACACGGUGUUGCUGCCCGCCCAGUGGCAUAGCCUCUCCCGGACCCACAACGUCUGUGAGCUGUGCGUCAACCAGACGGGCGGGGUGCAGCCCAGCCCCCUGCUGCGCCUACACUGCAGCUUCAUGGCCAUCAAGGCAGCCGUGGACUCCUUCUACCUCAAGGAACGGACCUUCUUCCAUGUCGUGUCCAAGACCGUUUCCUGGUGCAGCCACUUCCUCAGCUUCUACAGCCCUUUCAGCUCCUACACUGCCUGCUGCAGGACAGUGAACAGGGACCUGCUGGACUUGGUCAGGGCCGAAGGGGCCUCUUUCCACCCGCUGGAAGUCUCCUUUGCUCCCCACAGAAAGAGCCAGGAGGAGGACGCCUCCGAGCCUCUCAUUGAGCAGCAGGCUGGCCUCUCUGGCUCUGCCGUGGCCGGUCUCAGCUGCAGGACCAACAAGACCCUCAACCUCUACCUGCUGGACUCAAACCUCUUCUGGAUGUACGCGGAGAGACUGGGGGCCUCUGGUUCUCCCCCGGCGAAGGAGUUCGCUGCCAUCGUGGACCUCAAGGAAGAGGUGCAUUACGUCCUGGGCCAGAAACGGGCCCUCUUGAGAGCCAGCCUUGAAACCUUCAUCCGAAACUACACGGUCCUGUACAGCCCCUUGAAAAGGCAUCUAGUCGGUGACCCCCGGCCCAGCCAGGCCCACCUGCAGCAGCACCUGGUUCAGGAAAUCACCACCAGCACUUUCCACGCGCUGAUACUGAGGAGCCCAAAGGCUGUCCUGCUGCUCUAUUACGCCCCCUGGUGCGGCUUCUGCGCGUCUCUCAGCCACAUCUUCAUCCAGCUGGCUCGGAUUCUGCCCCCACCACGCUUCAUGGUGGCCAGGAUUGACGUUUCUCAGAACGAUCUCCCCUGGGAAUUCAUGACGGACCACCUACCCAACAUCCUGUUUUUUCCUCAUGAUCGGCAAGACCAGACUUCCAAGUUUCCCACGGCUUCCCUGAUUAGUGUGCCCAACCUCCUGAAAUUCAUCCUCCGCCACUCCAGCCCUACCUUCCUGGCUGCGGGUUGGGGGCCCGGACUCUGGCAAGAGACCGACCUCCAGCAGGCACGCAUCGCCCAUCUGGAAAAGGAGAUCGAGCUGCUGAAGGCAGAGAUCCGGGCCCUCCACCAGGCCCAGGGGCAGCUGCAGGGGCAGCUGUCCGAAACCCGGAGCGAGAGCCAGCGGCUGCAGCGAGAAACUCACGCCCUGAAGCAGCAGCAGAGCCACCGGGAGCAGCUGCAGGGGCUGUGCAGCCAGAGGAGCUGGCAGCUGGAAGACCUGGCCGAGAAGCUGCGGAAGCUGGCCGAGGCCUCAGAGACCCUCCUGACCGAGAACGCCUUCCUGAAAGUCCUGCUCACCAUUGCAGAGAAGCAUCGGGCAGCAGAAUUGGGCCCGGAACACAGCUUCCCCCCCGAGGACGCCGCAAGCCUCCCGCCCCCCGGGCAGGACCACUUUCCCCAGGUGGAAAAGGAGGGGGCUGGCCCGUUGGACUCCAGGGUCCCCGCAGAGCAUAGCAAGGAGAAUUGGACAGAGUAGCUCUGCUGAGCCUGGAAUAACAAGCAAGUCAAAUCUGGAGCAGAGAGACCUUUAUGCAAACUUUAUUGAAGUGUCAUUAGAAAGCCUCCCUUCUUUUGCUGGACUAGAAAAAUGAGAGUAUUUUUUUAAUGAGCCCUGGACCCAGAGUGACAGGUCUUGGGAUCUGUGAAAUUGUCAAAUUGCAGGGAUUGUUCUUUGCACUUUAAAAUUGCACUAAUUUGUUAGCUUUUGUAUCAAUUUAACCUAAAUUAAACAAUUUGGAGGGUGGCCACACGAGGCUUCUCUUUUCCCACCCACAAACAA